GAAAUACAUAAAUUUCUCACAUGUGCUUACAUGUGUGAUCCUUUCUGGCGUGACCAGAUGUGACACGUGUAUGUAUGUAUGUAUAUUUUACAUCAAGUUUCGCAAACGCGUAUGCACAUGAUUAGAUUAUAUAUAUUUACCUAAAUUUUUAAAAAAUGCCAGCUAAAAUAAAAAACAAAAUACUUAUAUAUGAGGGCAACAAUUAUCUUAGAUAUCGCUUAUUAUUAUCCACAUUAUCUGGAAAGCCAGUGAGAAUUACAAAUAUUAGAACGAAAAAUGAUGAUCCCGGUCUUAAAGAAUACGAGAUUAGUUUUAUUCGUCUAUUGGAUAAGAUGACUAAUGGUACAAAAAUUGAGCUAAAUGAAACAGGUACCAGUAUAUAUUAUAAUCCUGGUUUAUUAAAUGGUGGUGAAUUGGAACAUGACUGUAGCUUGCAAAGAAGUAUUGGUUAUUAUUUGGAAGCAAUUAUGAUACUUGCUCCAUUUUGUAAGAGUCCUAUUGAUUUGAAGCUCAGAGGUGUGACCAAUAAUACUAUAGAUCCAUCAGUGGACAGAAUUCAGACUGCUGGUAUACCAAUACUGAAAAGAUUUCUGUCUGGUGACAAUGAAGUUGUAUUAACUAUUCGCAAAAGAGGAGUAGCACCUUUGGGAGGUGGAGAAGUACAAUUUAAAUGUCCAAUUAGCCGUAAUCUUAAAACGGUUCAGUUGGAAGAUAGUGGAAUGGUAAAACGUAUUAGGGGUACUGCAUGUAGUAUAAGAGUUUCCCCAGCAAUUGCUAAUCGUAUUGUUGAAUCAGCAAAAAGUAUUCUUCUCAAGUUUUUACCCGAUGUAUAUAUUUAUGCAGACCAUUGCAAAAGAUCAAGCAGUGGAAAGUCUCCAGGUUUUGGAGUCACAUUGACAGCAGAAACUACUGAAGAAAUAUUUUUUAGUGGGCAAGCAUUCUCUCCAUUAAUGACAACAGGUUCAUUGCCAUGUGUACCUGAAGAUCUUGGCAAAGAAGCUGCAAUGAAACUUUUAGAUGAAAUUUAUAGGAAUGGAUGUGUAGAUUCUUCUUUUCAAAGUAUGACUGCUGCAUUUAUGGCUCUUGGCAAAAAGGAUGUUUGCAAAGUUACAGUAGGAUCGUUAACUCCAGCGAUGGUACAAUUUCUACGUGACUUAAGGGACUUUUUUGGAAUUACCUUCAAGAUAGAACAAAUCAAGGAAGGAGAAGAUGAAACGUCGCAAGUACGUUUAACUUGUUUAGGUAUAGGUUAUACUAAUAUAAGUAAACGAACUCUGUAAUGUUGUAAAUGUUAUUACUGCAAACAGCAUUGUAUUAAAUAAAUAUAUAUAUAUAUAUAUAUAUAUAUA